AUGAGUGGCGGAGAAGCAAACAGUGUUCAAUGCGUCUAUGUUCUCUCUGACAUUGACGGGUAUAAGUACAAACUUGUGAUGGAGGGGGAUGUGCGUCACUUAACAACCAAGAAAGCGAAACGGUAUUUGCAGAAUGCUACGGGCCUAAGUAACGAGCAGCAAGAACUUUUUUUUAGAGGCCGAAUCCUGCAGGACGAUGAGUGUGGCGGUGAUGUGGGCCUCAUGGACGGAGCGGUGUUGCAAUUGCGUCAUGUGGAUGGGCUACGUCAGACUAAUAAUGGUGCCGCUGAUGGAGGUAGAGGUGGAAGUGACGAGUGUGUUAACAGGCCGAAAAGCCGUUCACACUUGAUGGGAGGUGCGAAGCGUCGUGGAAGAUCAACGGCAGUUGACGCUUUUUCAUACGAGUUCCCACCGGCAGGGAUGCCGACGCCGUUACAAUGCAGCCGCCACCGUGACGUUUUGAACGAUGAAGAAAACUUGGAGAGUCCGCCUCCGAGGUUCGCUAACUGCGGUGACAAAUGCAUCGACUACAAGUAUCGUAAAUUAGAACUCGAGAACGCUCGACUGGAAAGGUGCCUCGUGAAGCUGGAGCGUCGACUUGCCAAUGCCGCUUCAGACUGGCGGCUGCAGGAAGAGAUUAAAGAGUUGCAAGGCACCAUUGCGCACUUGGUAGAAGAGAAGGAGGCCAUAAAGCAUUCUUCAGAGGAAAGUUGGAAGGCUAAAGAGGAGGAGCUGGUGAAAGAACUUGAUCUCUUGCGUGAGGAACGGCGUAAACUACAUCGGGAACAAAAAUCCUUUGAGGAGGAGCAACGUGUGGUGGUGCGCAGCUUAGAGGACCAAAUCCGCACUCAGCAGAAGAGGAUUCUUGAACAGGAGGCGCUGCUGGCACAGCAAUCUCAACAACAGCAUCCAGAAGCUAUAUCCAUCACGGAAAAGGCUGAAGCCAAUCUGAAGCAACUCUCACUGGAGCUUAAUAUUUCCCAACUACACUUAGAUGACAAUGACACUUGCGUUCUACCGUUGGAAGAUGGGACAAAUGUCCUCGUCACGCUGGAUACCGCGACAAAGCGCCUAUUCAUGUACGCAGUCAUCGCAAAUUCGCUACCAGAAAAUGCCGAAGAUCGAUUGCAACUGUUUGAGAUGUUGCUUGAGGGAGCUCUACUGGGUCGUGAGAUGGCCGGCGGUGGCGUUGGCGUUUGCUCACGCAAUAAUCUUAUUAUCAUGGACGUAUGCAUUGACAUUGCACACGCGAAUGAAUACGCCUUGGCAAGCGUCGCCCGGCCCUUCAUGGCGUCUGUUCAGCAAUGGCUAGAGGUCGCCAAAAAUGUGGUGACGCACUAG